AUGGUCAAAUGGAAAAGAGAAAAAGUUCAGGAUCAUAAAUUUGAUUUUGUCGAUGUACAAGAGUUUGAAAAAGAUGAUUUUAUUAGUAAAACAAAGUAUUCAUUUGUAUUUUUCAUAGUAUUAAAAUCAGUUCUAGUCUAUAUUGCUGACAUAUAUAACGCAGGUGCUUUACUAGUAACUGACAAAUGGGCAGGAGGAGUUAAACCCAAAAUUCCAUUUAUUAUAUCAAAAUGGAUUGUUGUAGGUUCCAUAUUUAUUUCAUUCGUAUUAUUAUUACUUGAAGUUAGGAAAGCGCGAUUAAUUGUAGCUUCAAGAGAUAUUUCUUUUGCCUUUACAAGUAUAGUGGCUUAUCGUUAUUAUACGUUAACAAGUUAUGCUCAUUGGUGUUUCUUUCAAGAAAUAAGAAAUCAACAAAAAGGACAAGAUAAAAUCGCUUUCUUUGUAUUUUUUUCUUUUAAAGGAUGGAAACGUUUAUUAUUUUGUGAUGGACCACGUCAAGUAGUUAAUGCUAUGACUUUGUUCACAAUUUUCAAGGAAAAAGGUUUUACUACAAACUUUGCUGCUUAUGGUCCAAUAUUCACGCGAGCUUCAAUGAGCGUCAUUAUUUUCACCGUUUCAGUGUUUUUUAUAUCUGCAUGCUUGUUGUUAUUUGCGUUUCUUUUAUACCUUCCUCUUUUAUGCAAGAUUCGAGGGAAUUUAAAAGAAUACUGUUGUCAUUUAAUUGAUAAGAGAAUCAGCGAACUUCUUAAAAGACAAAAAUAUAAAAGAAUUCAAAAGGAGUCAAAGACCGUGAAUACCCAUUUCGAUGGAUUGGCUCCCACGAUACCAAAUGUUGAUGUUGAUGAUCCAGCUCAAAAUAAAGUACCAUAUAUCACAACUCCACCUCCAAUACACCCAUAUCAUGACCCUCCACCAAUGGUGUUCAACAACUUUGCCGCAAAGCCACCAGCGGACCCAUAUAUAUUGGGAAGACCUAAUGCUCCCCGAAAUCAAGUGCCACAUUAUAAUGUCCCACCUCCUCAAGGGAUUUACACGAAUCAUAAUAAUGGUAGUACAGCAUCUUUGGAAAAUGGUGGCUUUAAUGCUCCGUAUAGAGGUAGGCGCGGUAGUAAUGCAUCACUGGGUAUAGUUCCAAUAUACGAUCAACCUAUUGGAAUGGAAUAUCCCCCAAGACCUGACAGUGGUGGUUAUAACAACGUGGAUCCAUAUGGUGCUAUUUACGAUGAAUAUCAAUAUUAUGAAGAAAACGCUUAUGAUUCUUAUCCAGUGUCUCCGCAAUCUCAACAAUUCCCUCAAAAUAAUUUCGUUCCAACCGAGAAUGCACGAAAACAAAGUAACAAUGCAGUUCCUCCAGCACAACGAAAUCCAUAUCCACCUCGUUCACCUCAUAAAACGCAUUUUGCUCCAACUGAGACUGCACGACAACAAAAUAACAAUGCGGUUCCUCCAGCACAACGAAAUCCAUAUCCACCUCGUUCACCUCAUAAAACGCAUUUUUCUCCAAAUGAGACUGCACGACAACAAACUACAAAUGCGAUUCCUCCAUCACAACGAAAUCCACAUCCAUCUCGUACAACUCAUUCGCAACAAAAAGCACAUUCUAAUGCAAGGUAUCAGCAGAAUCCACAUUAUUAA